GCUGUGACAAAUCCCCCACUGAAAAGUCGGCUGAUCUAGACCGUUGGGGUGGCACGGCUAUAAAGAGGGCUUGCCCAGGCCUUUGGAGCUACCUGCUCCCGGCCCCAGCUCUCCUGCAAUAUGGGCAAGAUCACCUUCUACGAGGACCGCCAUUUCCAAGGCCGCUGCUACGAGUGCAGCAGUGACUGUGCCGACCUGCAGACCUACUUCAGCCGCUGCAACUCAGUGCGCGUGGACAGUGGCUCCUGGGUGCUGUACGAGCAGCCCAGCUACAAAGGCUGCCAGUACUUCCUGCGGCGCGGAGAGUACUCGGACUACCGCCAGUGGAUGGGAAGCAGCGACUCGGUCCGCUCCUGCCGCCUCGUGCCCAGGCACGAAGGCUCCUACCGCCUGCGGAUCUACGAGAGGGAGAACUGCGCCGGGCAGAUGAUGGAGUUCACUGAGGACUGCUCGUCCGUGCACGAGCACUUCCACCAGCAGGACGUGCUGUCCUGCAACGUCCUGGACGGCUACUGGGUCUUCUACGAGCAGCCCAGCUACCGCGGCCGCCAGUACUUCCUGCGGCCCGGCGAGUACCGGCGCCACACCGAGUGGGGGGCCAGCACGGCCGUCCUGGGCUCCUUCCGGCGGGCCACGGACAGCAACUAGGCGCCCUGGAGGCCUGCUCGGCCGCGCUCUUGCCAGACUAAAUAAAAGUAUUUAUUGCUGAG